UCAGAUCCAUACAGUCCAGAUGGCUUGUGAUUACAUGUAUGUGCAGCCUGUGGGCGUAUGAAGCAACAGGAGGAGCAUCGACUUGCUUUAAACGUGAGAAAAGCCAAUCUUCACACACACUGAUGUGGAUCCACUGAACCUGCGUCAUGCUCUGUUUCCUCAUACUGUUUUACUCUUUGUCAAGUGUGACAUGUGCAGGUCUGCUGAGCCGCCACAGAAGGGCCUGGAUCAUCGACUCCUUCAAUAUAGAGGAGGGGCAUCCGGGACCCUUCCCCUACGAGUUGGGCCAGAUUGAUAUUGAGAGGAAGUAUCGAGUAAACUUUGAUCUCUAUGGGGAAGGAGUGGAUGAAGAGCCAAAGGGAGUACUAUCCAUCAAUCAAGAGACUGGUGCUAUAUACGUCCACAAAGCUCUGGACUAUGAGGAGACGACUUUGCUUAAGCUUAAAUUUGAGACCAGAAAAACAGAUUUCUCACUUGACACCAAACUGGGGAUUGAGAUCUCCAUAUUGGACAUUAAUGACAACCCACCGCGCUUUCAGAGGGAUCUGUACAAAAUAAACACCGAUGAGGAAAAUACACAAGGUUCCAGCCUCAUGACGGUGUUGGCCUACGACAGAGAUAAACGAGGGACCCCGAACUCUACCUUUCACUACGAAAUCAAAUCUGUGUCUCCACAAACUGAAAAUACUGAAUUCUUCGUAAAUGAGUAUGGAGUAAUCUCAUUUAAAGGAUGUUUUGAUCAUGAGGUGGCUGAAAAGUUUACAGUGGUGGUAGAAGCCAAGGACCAUGGUGAAGUGGUCAGCCUGUCCAGUUCGACUACAGUCAUCAUUCAUGUCAGAGAUGGAAACAACCACCUGCCAACUAUUACUGGACAAAUGGGAAGCGGUAAAGUGAUGGAAAAUGAGAUUGGGACGUCUCCUUUGCGGCUGCAUGUGACGGACAAAGACUCUCCACACAGUCCGGCGUGGAAGGCCAGAUACACGAUCCAUGGCAACGAAGGAAAACACUUUAAGAUAGAGACGGACCCAGAAACUAAUGAUGGCAUCCUGACAGUCAUCAGACCUUUAGACUUUGAGGACGGAGCACAGAGAGAGCUGUCCAUAUCAGUGGAAAAUGAGGCGCCGUUUUUCAGCUGUACAGUAAAAGAGAAGACAACCACAGGCCUCUGGAAAGUUGACCACAUUAAAGGGGGCGGGACAAACGCAGGUCAGCCUCACUCUGUUAAAGUCACCAUUAAUGUGGAGGACGCCAACGAUCCCCCAGCGUUCACAGUGACUGUCAAAGAGGCCAUGCUGGAGGAAAAUGCCCCCACUGGGACCUGGGUAGGGAAAGUGACUGCAAUUGAUCCAGACGUCAACCACGCAAGAGAUUUUGUGUACGAGGUGGGUGAUGAUCCUGAAGGAUGGAUAAACGUGGAUCCACACACAGGAGACAUCACCACAGUCGGGAUUCCAGACAGAGAAUCUCCUCAUGUGGUCAGCGGUGUCUACACAGUCCUGAUGCAUGCGGUGGAUGAUGGUCAACCUCCAAGGACAGGCACUGCGACACUUAACAUUCAUGUAACAGACAAGAACGACAAUGUGCCACAGCUGGAGGUGGACUUUGUGGAUAUAUGUGUGUCUGACGUCCCCACCACCGCCAACAUCUCAGCCUUUGACCUGGAUGAUAAUCCAUAUGGUGGACCUUUUACAUUUCAGCUGCUUGGAGACGUUGAAGGGAAAUGGAAACUCAACCCUUCAUUUGGUUACACAGCUGGCCUGGUGAAAGAUCCUGGUGUGUAUGUGGGUCCACAUGAGGUGAAAAUGAAGAUCUCUGACAUGCAGGGAGAGUCUGAAAUUUACAACCUUACUGUCAUUGUGUGUGACUGCUCUGUCACACCCAACUGCAGAGGCCGCCGGGACAGCGCCGCAAAAGCUGCCUUCAGUGCUGUAGGAAUAGUACUUGCCUCACUGCUUUUACUCCUGUUGGUGUUACUGAUGGCAGUCUUCAUCUCCUGUAAAAAAGAGUUCACCUCUUUGCAGUCUGGAGACUCUGCAGGAGAAACCCUUCUAGUGUCACACAUUGAGACACCAGGAACAGACUGUCAGGUUCCUAACAGUGUCCUGGCAGUGUCUACUAAUACAGAACAAGAACCAAGCAACUGGCAAAGUCUACAUGAUGGAAUGCAACACCAAACUGCACAACUAACAAAUAUGGAGCACAACUUCUACAAACAUUUUGGAGAAUAUACGAGUGAACACCUGUCCCAUCAGUCCCAUGGCAACUGGAACCAGAUGACCAUGAACACUGGAGCUGACAACAGGAGCUACCAACACCAGGUGCAGUUUGGUUUUUACCCUUUACUUUUUGCUGAUGAACAUUAUGAGUCUAACAGUUUGGUUUGUGCACAGGUUAAGGAAAUGGACAUUUACAGCAGGAACUACAGAAUGGUGUGGAAUGAGGCCACCCUGGCUCUACUACAACAGAAGGUCACCGCUCUCCAGGAGAUGGAGAAAGAUCUGGUGGAAUAUGAGCCUCACCUUUACGCAGAAGAAGGAGACAAUGAAAGCCUCUCAGACCUGGACGCCAUCUCUAUUCCAGACAAUGAUUCAUUUCAGCAAAUCCUGAAUAAUCUUGGGCCAGAAUUCAAUGAGCUGGCUGCCAUUUGUAAUAGGACUCACACACAAAAUUAAGCCUCAAUUAAAAAUUA